AUGGGCUCAUUGGAUCCAUGCUCAUAUAAUCAUGCAUGCAAAUGUUUACCUUUAUCGUUUGCCGAUGAUGUUGGUAUUUGUGCUGUGGUCGGUGCAAGCUGUUCUAGACUUAGCCCAUGCAGGUUUCCAUAUGAUACUUGUGAUGCCGAUCAUAUUUGUGUUCGCCAUCAGCAAUGUGGCUCAAAUCCUGUUUGUUAUCCAUUAUCAAUGGCUGAUCAAAGAUUAUGUCCAUUAAUGAUAACAAUUGACUUUCCUAAUUUUAUUUUUAUUUUUGAUACAUUUCUUUCAACAAUAUUGAAUUAUGAAAUCCAUUGA